AUGACGGAAUCAGUCAAAAACAACAAUUAUAACUAUGAUGAUAGAGACAAAAUUAGUGGCAGACCACCAAUGUUCGAUGGAGAGAACUUCGAUUACUGGAAAGACAGAAUCGAGAGUUUCUUUCUAGCUUAUGACAUUGAUCCUGGGAUAUGGCAACACUCAAGUCAAAGAGACCAAAGCCCUUUCACUCAUUCAAAAGUACGAAGCGCACAAAAGGAAGAAGAUGGAACAGUUGAGACUGUGUUCUCAAGGUUUCAAAUUCUUAUUGCUGGAUUGAAAGUUCUGCACAAAGGAUACUCAACAGCUGAUCAUGUAAAGAAAAUCAUCAGAAGCUUACCAAAGAAAUGGAGACCCAUGUUCACAGCUUUGAAGCUUGCCAAGAAUCUGAACGCUAUAUCUCUUGAAGAACUUAUCAUUUCCUUAAGAAGUCACGAGAAAGAACUCGAAGAAGAUGAACCCCAGAAGAAAGAGAUGAGAAAGUUUUUGGUUCCUAGAACAAGUAUUGAGAAUGUUAAUGUUGUCCAACCGGAAGCCAAAGUAGAAGAAACACCGCCUAAUGUUGCCAAUGAAUUUAAUCCAAAUGAGAUUGUACGUGAUCUAGGAUGUAGGAAGAAAAUUCAUGAGUAUGCUACGGACAUUCAAGACCAAGUGAGGAGGGCAUAUAUAUUGAAGGGUCCAACGCAACCAGAUUUAGCAAUAUUUCCUCGUACUCAAUCUGUGAAGUCUUCAAGAGCGUUUUGUAAAGCAUGGUAUAAGAAUUAUACAUGGAUUGAAUACAGUGAGUCGAAGGAUGCAGCUUAUUGUUUUUAUUGCUUUCUCGUUAAGCCGCCCGGAAGGGCCGAACACUUUGGUUAUGAAGUCUUUAACAAAGACGGAUUUAAAGAUUGGAAACAUGCAUCUAAAGGCUUCAAAGAUCAUAUUGGUAGUCAUAAUAGUAAUCACAACUCAUGUAUGAAGCACUAUGAUGAUUAUAAUAAUCAAAGGCAAAGUGUGACAAGUAUCUUUGCUAGAGCAACUAGAGAAUCAGAAGAAUUGUAUAAGAUCCGUUUGACUUGUUCUUUAGAUUGUAUUAGAUAUCUCAUAGCACAAGGCAUUGCUUUCCGUGGCCAUGAUGAAAGCUAUAAUUCUCUAAACAAGGGCAAUUUUAGAGAGAUGGUGGAUUGGGUAAAAUCUAAUGAUGAAAAAGUGAGAGAUGCUUUUGGCCGUGGUCCAAAAAAUUGCACAAUGACUUCUGGUGACAUUCAAAAGGAGCUUGCAACGUGUUGUGCACAUGAAGUUACCAAGGUCAUUAUGGAAGAGCUUGGUGAAAGACAAAUCUUUGUGCUUAUUGAUGAGUCGCGUGAUAUAUCUGUCAAAGAGCAAAUGGCGGUGAUGUUGAGGAUCUUGAACGACAAAGGAAAAGUUGUGGAACGAUUUAUUGCUCUGCAUCAUGUCAAAUAUACUACAUCUGAGGCACAAAAGGAUGCUCUUUAUGGUAUUCUUGAUCGUCACACAUUAUGUAUUUCAAGGAUACGAGGGCAAGGAUAUGAUGGGACUUCAAAUAUGAGAGGUGAAUUUAAUGGUUUGCAAAGAAAGAUUCUAGAUAAAAACCCUUAUGCUUUCUAUGUCCAUUGCUAUGCUCACCGUUUACAAUUGGUGGUUGUGUCUGUUGCUAGUAGUUGCUCAUCUAUUCAUGAUUUCUUUGAGUAUAUCUCCUUAAUUGUAACCACAACAAGUGCAUCUUGCAAGAGAAGAGAUGCUUUGACAGAGGCACAACACCAAUAUAUUUUGAAUAGGCUUGAGAGUGGUGAGAUAUCUUAA